UUUUCAUGAAGCUUACUUGUAUUCCAUUUCAUUAUGAGUAAUAAAGUUCGUGGGUCAUCUUGCUUUUCUUUGGUUGUGAUGCCUUUAUAAUGUUUAUUGCUUCAGUUUUACCUGUCAAGAAAAUCACCCUCUAAACUAAUUAUCAAUUAAUAUUUGUGACUUUGUGUGUACUGUUAAUUUGUCAUGAUUAUUUUGGCUACCCAUUACGUUGGUACUGUAAGUUUCAGUCGGGAAAUUGGGGACCUCAUAUCUCCCCGUCCUCAAUAAGUAGAUUAAGAUCGUUGUAGAGAAAAUAAAGUUGUAAUAUUACGUGAGAAAUUAUUUCCAAAGUUUCUCUCUCUUUUUCUCCUCCCAAAAGAACAUAAAAGAACACAACUCAAUAGUUGAACUUUUGGCAAGACCCUCCUAUAUUCUUCAAUUGUUUGAACAACAUAUUGAUCCAUCCUUAUUCCUUACUAAAGAAUUAUAAUAAUCCGAUUAUUGACCAAAUCGUAAAACAACCAUUACAACUAUGCCUUCUGUUCUGGUUUAAGUACUUUUCUUUUACUUGAUUACUGGGUGUUGUGGAGAACUCACUCUUGCCUCAAUUAUUUGGAUGCAUUAUCCAAAAUUCAUACUACCAAAAACUCUUAUUAUUAAUUUUAAGAAAGUUGAGAAAAUUCUCUUAAUUCAAACCACUGUGCUUCAAGACCUUUCGUGGCUACUAGAUCUUCUGUUACUCUUUUCCUAACAAAUUUUAGUAUCAAUCACUGGAGGAUGUUCUGGUCUCUAUUUUGUCAGGGUAAAAUGUCUUCUGAACCAGUGAAUGUGAAUGACUUCAAAGAAUUGGCUAGGUUGGCACUUCCAAAAAUGUACUAUGAUUUCUACGCAGGGGGAGCUGAGGAUGAACACACACUUAGAGAGAACAUACAAGCUUUCUAUAGAAUCACGAUCCGACCUCGAGUUCUUGUGGAUGUGAGCAAAAUUGAUAUGUCAACAACCAUAUUGGGACAUCGCAUCUCCACACCUAUGCUAGUUGCUCCCACUGCUGCACAUAAGUUGGCCUUCCAUGAAGGAGAACUAGCCACGGCCAGGGCAGCAGCUGCUGCAAAUACUAUAAUGGUUCUGUCCUACUCCUCGACCUGUUCAAUAGAGGAAGUUGCCUCUAGCUGUAAUGCUGUGCGUUUCUUCCAAUUAUAUAUUUUCAGAAGGCGCGAUAUCUCGGCUCUGCUUGUUCAAAGAGCUGAGAAAUUUGGAUACAAGGCAAUUAUCCUGACUGUUGAUACACCUCGGCUUGGUAGAAGGGAGGCUGACAUAAAGAACAAGAUGAUUGCACCUCCAGUGAAGAAUCUUGAAGGCCUCAUUUCUAUCAACGUUAACACUGAUCAAGGUUCAAAAUUAGAAACUUAUGCCAACGAGAUGUUGGAUGCAUCUCUGUGCUGGGAAGAUAUAGGUUGGUUAAGAUCAAUCACUACUCUUCCAAUUCUGAUAAAAGGGGUUCUCACUCAUGAAGAUGCAACAAAAGCUGUGGAAGCAGGUGUUGAUGGAAUUAUUGUGUCCAAUCAUGGAGCCCGCCAACUCGACUUUGCUCCUGCCACUGUUUCUGUGAUUGAAGAGGUUGUUCAUGCUGUCAGGGGUAAAAUUCCUGUGCUCUUAGAUGGAGGUGUGCGGCGAGGUACAGAUGUGUUUAAGGCAUUAGCCCUUGGUGCCCAGGCAGUCCUUAUAGGGAGACCAGUUUUAUUUGGGCUAGCAGCAAAGGGAGAGGAGGGAGUGAGAAAAGUGUUGGAAAUGCUGAAGAAUGAGUUAGAGACAAGUAUGGCCCUUUCUGGUUGCCCAUGCAUCAAGGACAUUACUAGAAGCCAUGUGAGGACACACUAUGAUAAACUACAGUCAAUGUUGUAAUGUCUCUGUAUAUAAUUUAAGCAUAGUUGAUUUAAGGUGUGUUUGGAUUGAUAUUUUAUAUAAUGAGUUUGAGAAAAAAAGUCAUUUUGAGUUAAAAGACUAGAAAUGAACUUUUAGAAGACAAAAGAAAAGAAUUUUAAGUGACUA